GCACAUCUAGUGAAUGAGACCUGCACACACAGUCAGUUGCUCACACGCUUCAAGAGGAGGAGAUCUUCAGAGGCACACUGUGUUUGGAGUAUAACGGGACUUUAAAGUCUUCGGUUUGCUGAACAGGAUCUUCCGAGGGCAGGAUGGAAAACACGUGUGAGGUGUGGAAACGGUGAGACGACGCAGUAACCUGGAAUAAUAGAGCGUAGAGACGGCUCAGACUGUGGCUGAUGCCUCAAAACACGCUGACCCUUGACCCUGCGAUGCCCACCGAGCUUGUGAAAGAUACCAUGACGAUCCCCGGAGCUCCUGAGCGAAUCCUGGCAGAGAAAACCAACAACAAUGAACCACCGGCGGCAACGGCCGUCACCAUUCCUUUGGUCAACGAGGUGCAGUUAACGGCGGCCACCGGCGGAGCCGAGCUGUCCUGCUACCGCUGCACCGUGCCAUUCGGCGUGGUGGUCCUAAUCGCCGGGAUCGUGGUGACCGCCGUCGCGUACAGCUUCAACUCUCACGGCUCCACCAUAUCGUACUUCGGACUGGUGCUGCUCUCGGCCGGGCUGGUGCUGCUCGCGCUGAGCGCCGUCUGCUGGAAGGUGCGGAUGGAGAGAAAGAAAGAAAGAAGAAGAGAGAGUCAGACAGCCCUGAUGGCCCAUCAGAGGAGCAUCUUCGCCUGAUUUGACACAAGCACGGACUCCAAAACCUUCACAAUGAAUGAGUCAAAGCAUCGUUCCGACUCGCACUUGGGACAAUGUCCAGAUGUUUUGCCUCAGUUCAGACCAACCGAGUGCUCUCGGAGAAAACCGAAUGACAGGAUUUCACAAAUGGGUCUCAGAAUGAGCGUUCGGAGAAUUUAAUUGAGACAGACUUGCAGCUGCAUGUGUCCAGAUGUUGAGAGGCACAGCUGCAAAAAAAAAAAAAAAAAAAAAAAGAUUUUCUUACUUACUAGUAUUUUUGUCUUGUUUUUCAUUACAAAUACCUUAGAUCAAAGUCUUGUUUCUUUUGAAAAAUUGAUCAAAAUGAAGCGAGUUAUCUUAAAAGAAGAAAAAAUGUCAAUGGGGUCAAAAGAAUAAUCCCUUUGAACUUUACUUAAGUUUACUUUUCUUACUCCAUUGACGGAUAUUUGUUCUUGCUGUUUUUGUUUGUGUCCCUUUAAAUGCAAACGAGCUGCUGCUCCCGAACCCAUUUCCAGAAGAGGGCGGAGCUUUAACAGCUCGCGCUUUGGUUGCUCAACAACAACAAAGCUGGAGAAUCUCACGCAGCCAAAAUGAGGAUUGUCAGUAACAGUGUUCAGCCUUACAUUGUUCAAACCAGAGUCGGACACUGAUGGAGAGACUCAGGAAAAAGUUACAACUUAUAGAAUGAAACUGGACGUUUCUGAACGGUUAGUGGAUAAAUUUAUGUAGUUGCUGUGGAGUUGAUUCAACUCAUCGACUAGCAUGUGCCGUCAUGUUAAUCUUUUGUGCAAAUCCAGCGGUGAAUUGAUGUUAUUGUCAUUUGUUUUUUGAACAUUCAAGCAUGAAAACCUGUUGUAGUAGAGCUCAAAAAAGGGCAUAAUAGUCCCUUUUUAAGUAAUUUUGCUUUUCAAGUAAAUGUAUCUUCAUUUGAGAAGAUAUUUGUACUAGAAAACAAGACGAAAAUAAUUUUUUUGCAGUGUGGGAAAACGGUUAUGUUCGUUUUAACGACCUCACAGCUUCUGAUGGACCGCAGCGCUAGCCGACCUUUAAAGUGGUUCGGAAGCGCUUUCUUUCUUUUUGUUUUCUGCUCUGUCUCUUUUGCCUGUCAGGCAGGACCGUUCGGUUAUCCGGGACGCGAGCCAAGGCGAACGCAUCAAAAUUAAGACCAGUAACCGCUGCGCAAACCCAGAGAUGGGAAGUGCCGUAUUAACCCCCGGCUGCUUCCUGUUCGGCUGGAUUAAUGGAAAGACGCACUUUGAGACAUAAAGGAAAGGGAGGAAAAUGAGGAAAUGAAGAACAAUGAUUUUUUCUUCAUUGAGAGCUUCUUUCUGACACCCAGCUUCUUUAUAUGUUGCUAUCGUGAACGUAUGGUACUUAUUUCACUAGUAUUAUAAUGAUAUAUUAAACAACAAUGGGCUGGAAAACCAGAAGCUAUUAUUUUCUUUUAUUGAAUUUAUUUUGUUUAUAUUCUUAUACUUCAGACUAUGAGGACAGAUACAUGACAUGCUCUUACUUGAGCGGUAUGUGAAGUAACUUAAAAAGACUGAUAACCACAUUUAAGAUGACAGUAUUAUGUGAUUUUUGUGUAUUUGAGCACUUUUUAACAAAUCGUGAAUCAUUGAUUUCAGGUGUUUAUUCUUAAUGGGAGAAUGAUAAGAAUGUGUCUUAAUAAUUCAGUUUCAGAUUAUUUUAUGAUUGUAAUCGUCAUAAGGUUUCAUUAUGUCUUUGGAAAUGUUAUAUCUGUAAGCUGUUGACAAAACUAUUUUUAAUAAACUCCUGUGAAACAGAA